GUUCGGAGAUCGAACUUCUAAAAAUGGCACUACAAGCAGAAUUUAAAAGAGUUGCUGAAAUAUUGAACUCUAUGAAAGUAAUGGGAGAUUUUAUUAUAACCCAUGGAUUGUUUAUCAAAUAUGUUAGCAAUUCUUUUUCAAAAAAAUAUAUGUUAGCAACUCCAGUUUAGGUUGCUUCUGCAGAAUUUGUUUUUAAAGUUGAAGUUGAUAAAAAUAUUUACGAUUUACUAUAUGUCACAAAAGACUGAAUGGGAACUAGAAGAUGUGUUUUUAAUAAAUAAAAAUUUAUUAGGGUUACAUUUAAAAAAAUGCUUCAGGCCACCAAAAUGUUUGGGACGGCACUGUUUAUGAACGUCUUACUUCUUAUUUUUUUUUCUUUAUAAUCUUCUGUUUAGAAACUACUUUCUUUUGACCAAAAAAAAAAAGAAACUACUUUCGUUUUUCAAAAACAACGUUCUUAUAUUUCUUUUUAAAACUAGCGUUCUUCUUUGUUUUUUUUGGUAAAAGCGUUCUUCUUUGUUUUUUUUUUUUGUAAUUCUUCCAUGUUGCACAAGUUUCCCAUCUUUUCUUGAUGAAACUUUAAUUAGUGGACUGUAUUAUAUCCUAUUAUAUGUGUAAAAUUUUCGUUUCUAAUCCAAAUAUAAUAUAUGUGAUUUUCUCCAACAAAAGUCGUUAAAUUGAGGGGCAUAUACAUAUAUUUCUUCUUCAAACUUGUAGUAGACUAGUAGAAAUUGACUGGUUUCCAUUUCUAAGAAUUUAGAGAACUAACUGUCUAACUUUAAAUAAAAACUUUUAUCAAAAAAAAAACUUUAAAUAAAAACUUUUGAAAUUUUGAAUAAACACAUUUAGAACAAAGGAAAUGAUAUAAUUGGGUUGUUUGAGUUGAUAAAAUUAAAUCUAGAAUAACUUGCACAAUAUUCUUCAAGUAUUCUCUGAUUUGAUCUUCAAUGAGUACAAUUUGUCUGGCUAUUAUCAAAAAGAAAAAGAAGAAGAGGAGCGUGCAUGUAGAUUGCGAUAAAACUAUAGAGUUGAAAAAGAAGACGAAGAUGUGAUCAAGUGUGAAAAGUAUUGGAGUAGUCUCUGAAUUAAUAAUGUCGAUGCUGGGCAUGACAAGAUAACUCUGUAGCUCUCAACAUUAAGAACCAUCACUUCCUCUGCCACCAUUUUCACGUUUACCCACACGUAUACAAACAAAAUUUUGUUAGUCAAUUGAUAUAAACAAACUGUUGUUGUAACAAGGUUUUUUGGAUAGUUGUGCUUUUGUUGAAGUUUGGUCUAGUUAAAACUGUUCGAAUGAUACCAAAUUCAUCCGGUAUAUAUAUAUUGAAUACUACUUUACAAUUUAUUAAUAAAAGAAAUUCAAACUCCUUGAGAAAUUUUAGUUCUUUUGGAGUUAACAUUUUUCUUGUCUUCAGCAUUUGACUGGUUUUUUUUUUUUUUUGGAAAUAGGCUUCUUGACUGGUUUAGUUAGCACACUAGUAAAUAUAAAUAACGUAUACUAACUUAUUUGAAAUAAUUUAUAGCUCAUCAUACAUUAAAAAAUAAAUAUUAAUUUAGAUACAAAUUAAAAGUUCCCUAUUAUUUCUAUACUUAUUGGUGUGUCACACUGUACCUUUUUAACAAUAAAGAAACACGUUUUCUUUUUAUUCUUCAAUAUAAAGUUGUGUGCUUUGUAUAAAUUCAGUUUACCUUGGUUUUUGCUUUUAACAUAUUUCAUUUACUCUGCCUAUAUAUAAGUUAUUAUCUUAUAUAUAAAUAUAUGCCACUUUACUCUGUUGAAUAUCAAAAACCCAUGCAAGAAGUAGAGAGUGACUAGAGAACUACUUUGUCUUCUCUUUGUUACUUCUUCAAAAGCUAUAUACAAUCUCUGCCUCUUUUACCUACGAUGAGUUUUGCAUAACUUUCACAAAAACUUCCUCAAAAAAUCACUAAAAGCUAAUUCUUCCUUUUUUCCCAACCAAAGAAGAAAACUCCAAAUCCAUUUCAGACAAAGAAAAUCUCAAAUCCCCUUUUCACCAUAUCUUUCACAUGCCAAAGCCUAAACAUCAAAAUGGAAACAAAUAUGUUCAUCAAUAACCCAUCUGCACACUUACCGUUCUCUUACACCUUCACUAGUAGCAGCAACAGUAGCACAACCACUAGCACAACCACAGAUUCAACAUCCGGUCAGUGGAUGGACGGACGGAUUUGGAGCAAGCUACCUCCUUCGCUUCUUGACCGUAUCAUCGCUUUUCUUCCACCUCCAGCGUUUUUCCGGUCACGUUGCGUCUGCAAGAGAUUCUACGGUCUACUUUUCUCCAACACUUUCCUUGAGAUAUAUCUACAACUACUUCCUCCCCGACACAACUGUUUCCUCUUCUUCAAACACAAAACCCUCAAAAGCUACAUCUACAAGAGGGGAGGUGGAGGAGGAGCAAACGAUGAUGGUUCCAAUAAAGCUGAAGGCUUCUUGUUUGACCCUAAUGAAAUCAGAUGGUAUCGUCUCUCUUUUCCUUACAUCCCUUCAGGGUUUUAUCCUUCAGGUUCAUCUGGAGGGUUGGUGAGUUGGGUCUCUGAAGAAGCUGGUCUCAAAACCAUUCUACUAUGUAACCCUCUUGUUGGAUCCGUGAGUCAGUUGCCACCAAUGUCAAGGCCAAGGCUGUUCCCUUCGAUAGGUCUCUCAGUAACUCCAACUUCCAUUGAUGUUACCGUCGCCGGAGACGACCUCAUAUCCCCCUACGCCGUGAAAAACCUCUCCUCGGAGAGUUUCCACGUCGACGCCGGCGGGUUCUUCUCCCUUUGGGCGAUGGCUUCUUCUCUGCCGCGGCUUUGUAGCUUGGAAUCAGGUAAGAUGGUUUACGUGGGAGGCAAGUUUUAUUGUAUGAACUAUAGCCCUUUUAGCGUUUUGUGCUAUGAGGUCACGGGGAACCGUUGGAUUAAGAUUCAAGCUCCGAUGCGGAGGUUUCUCCGGUCUCCAAGCUUGUUAGAGAGCAGAGGAAGGCUCGUUCUCGUGGCGGCCGUUGAGAAAAGCAAGCUUAACGUUCCCAAAAGCCUUAGGCUUUGGAGUUUGCAGCAAGAUAACGCCACGUGGGUCGAGAUCGAAAGGAUGCCUCAGCCGCUAUACACGCAGUUUGCAGUGGAAGAAGGCGGGAAAGGGUUCGAGUGUGUCGGAAACCAAGAGUUUGUAAUGAUUGUGUUAAGAAGGGCUUCACUUCAGUUGCUGUUUGAUAUGGUGAGAAAGAGUUGGUUGUGGGUCCCACCUUGUCCAUACGGUGGCAGCAGUAGCGGUGCUGGCUCAGGUGGUUCAGAGGAAGAGGUGCUGCAGGGUUUUGCUUAUGACCCGGUACUUACUACACCGGUGGUUAGUCUUCUUGAUCAGUUAGCACUUCCAUUUCCUGGAGCCUGUUAGUUUUUAGGCUUUUAGUCAAGAAACUACGUGCCGUUUCGAUUUCUGGCGUUAAGAC